AUGAGCUGCCAACAGAUGCAUCAUGAGCUGCUGUAUCAACAGAUGCAUCAUGAGUUGCUUUAUCAACAGAUGCAUCAUGAGUUGCUUUAUCAACAGAUGCAUCAUGAGUUGCUUUAUCAACAGAUGCAUCAUGAGUUGCUUUAUCAACAGAUGCAUCAUGAGUUGCUUUAUCAACAGAUGCAUCAUGAGUUGCUGUAUCAGAUGCAUCAUGAGUUGCUUUAUCAACAGAUGCAUCAUGAGUUGCUUUAUCAACAGAUGCAUCAUGAGCUGCUGUAUCAACAGAUGCAUCAUGAGUUGCUGUAUCAACAGAUGCAUCAUGAGUUGCUUUAUCAACAGAUGCAUCAUGAGCUGCUGUAUCAACAGAUGCAUCAUGAGUUGCUUUAUCAACAGAUGCAUCAUGAGUUGCUUUAUCAACAGAUGCAUGAGUUGCUGUAUCAACAGAUGCAUCAUGAGUUGCUUUAUCAACAGAUGCAUCAUGAGUUGCUUUAUCAACAGAUGCAUCAUGAGCUGCUGUAUCAACAGAUGCAUCAUGAGUUGCUUUAUCAACAGAUGCAUCAUGAGUUGCUUUAUCAACAGAUGCAUCAUGAGUUGCUUUAUCAACAGAUGCAUCAUGAGUUGCUUUAUCAACAGAUGCAUCAUGAGCUGCUGUAUCAACAGAUGCAUCGUGAGUUGCUUUAUCAACAGAUGCAUCAUGAGCUGCUGUAUCAACAGAUGCAUCAUGAGUUGCUUUAUCAACAGAUGCAUCAUGAGUUGCUUUAUCAACAGAUGCAUCAUGAGUUGCUUUAUCAACAGAUGCAUCAUGAGUUGCUGUAUCAACAGAUGCAUCAUGAGCUGCUGUAUCAACAGAUGCAUCAUGAGCUGCUUUAUCAACAGAUGCAUCAUGAGUUGCUGUAUCAACAGAUGCAUCAUGAGCUGCUGUAUCAACAGAUGCAUCAUGAGUUGCUGAAUGUUUUCACAGAAAACAAAAAGUUCAAAAAUCAUAACAUAGAAUGA